AUGGAAAAGGUGGCAAAGGAAUACGGAGAUAAUGAAAGAAAAAAGGAACGCGAGCGAUGUGCUGAGCUGGUUAAUAGCAUGUGCACAAAUAUAACACAGUAUACCGCCAUGGAAGUCAGAGCGGUAGCGCAUGGCUUGUCGCUGAUAUUCGGAAAGGAUGUCGACGGAAAGUGGCUACAAGAGAUAGCCGCUUUCGUUCUCAAACGUGCUUAUAUCAUGCCAGUAUACCUGCUAUAUCCUCUAGUUAACACAGAACCAUUAUCAGGCAUUAGCAAAAUGGCAGGAACCCAAAGUGGAUUGCCAUUCGACCAACUGCUGCAGGCAUGCUCCGACCGUGUCGGAGAAGCGAAUUCGAUCGAUCUAGCAACAAUCGCACAAACAGCAGUACUGCUAAAAAAGAGAUUGGGGAUAGCUGACCUCAUGAGCAAAGUAGCUAAUGCAACAAUGACUCAGCAAACACUUGGGGAAAUAUCGCCGACCAAUGCAGUCCUUAUUCUUUAUGCUUUCGCCCACACUGGCAUCAGAAACGAACAACUUAGCCAAAUAUUGACGCAAAUCAUAGCAGAAAUGGAACAUGAUGACGUGGAACCGCAUCUGAUACCCCUGGCACUUCACGCGCUUGCCCGUCUGGGUACAAAGGACAAGCAGGUCCUAGAAACAAUCGCAAAUCACGCUCUCAAAGUCACCCACGACAUGGGACCAGAAAAUAUAUCGGGGUUGGUGUGUGCUUUGGCAAAACUAAGAUUUAAACACUCGUUGUUGUUGAGAGGAAUGGCAAAACGUACGAAGCAGUUGAUGCCCUCUAUCGACGUACGUGAGCUAAGUAACAUAUUCUGGGGGUUUGCUAAACUAAAAUACGAUGACAGUGUAUUUGCGGAUGACAUAAUAGAUAGAUGUCUCCAGUACAACCAAAUAGAUAACAUGUCGUUCGCACAGAUAUUCGAGGCUAUCAGGUGUUAUCAUGCAGUGCAUAAAUCUGAAGCCAUCAAGGAACUGCUGCAGCGGUACCUAACUGUCAUGCCGCAGUGCUCCACACAAAUUGUCACGCAAAUGGCAUGGUGUUCUUGUAGUCUAGGGCGCAACGACCACGGAAUUGUAUCAAAAUCGCUCGAUGUGCUCAAAUCGAGAAAACGAAACAGAGUGGAACAAAAAUAUGUCGAUAUGUUGUUAGAGGCUCUGAAAACGAGUAAACUGGAGCCAGAAGAGAAACUUAGGCACUACAUUACUGAACUGAGGUCGGACAGCUAG